AUUUUAUAGUUCAUAUAAAUAAUGAAACAUUGUUUAAUGUUGAACAAAGCAUGGAGAGGCUUUACCAGAGUGGCGAACACAUACCAUAGCAAUACAUGUGUGUCUCAAAUGAACACUUUACAUAAAAACUGCCGACAUUUCUCCACCGUUCUACCCCAACAAACUGGUAAAGAUCCUUCACCCAUCUUACACAAGGAGAAAAGGCAACUGAUCACAGAUCCUCUCCAACAUCCAGAUUUCUUUGGAAUAAAGAACCUUGUCACCAUGAAGAAGUUAUUUUUUUCUCGAGUUUAUUUUGGACACAAAAAAGGAUCAAGAAACGAGCACAUGCAACCAUACCUGUACGGAAAUCGUCUUGGAGUUGAUAUAUUUGACCUCGACCAAACUUUAGAGCACAUGCACAGAGCGCUUAACUUCGUAGCACACAUCGCGUAUUUAAAGGGAAUUAUUCUGUUCAUUAUGAGGUCACAACAACAUGGUCACGCUGUUGAACUGGCUGCAAAAGCCUGUGGUGAAUACGCGCAUACAAGGGAAUGGCAACAAGGUCUUUUACUUAAUAUGGGCCAAAAGCAUCGGUCGGUAAGGUUGCCCGAUAUCUGCAUUUUUCUUUCUUUGCAAGACGUAAUGAACCAAGAGCACCCGGCAGUUGCUGAAUGCGGAAAACUGAAAAUAGCGACAGUUGGUAUUGUAGAUAGUAACGUUAACCCUACCAUGAUAACUUACCCUGUUCCUGGAAACGACGACAGCCCAGAGUCCGUAGGAUUAUAUCUGCAGCUAUUUCAACUGGCUAUACAAAGUGGAAAACAAAAGCGAAUCGAAGCAGACCAGCAGAAGCAAGAUGUUUCUCAGUUAAAAUAAAAUUGAUUACAGCCGUUUACUUGGCUUUGCGUUUCCUUUUCGCAAAACCUUCUCCGAAGUGCGGCAGUCACGUUCAUAAAAUAGGCUUCAGAUGGUG